AUGCCCGGAGGUGCCCGCGGCCAGGUCGGACGUGGCUGGGAGGCCGCCGUUCCCAUGGGAGCUGUCCCUGUCGCUAUCCCUGGGCGGAGCCGUCCCCAGCCGCGGCCGAGGCUGCACCGGGACGCUCCCUCAGGCCCCUCCCAAGCCCCGCCCAGCGGCGGCGGCGCGGAGGGCACGCGGCCCCGUGCGUCACGGGCUGCGCGCGCGGCCAUUGGCCGUGGCGGCCGCUGCCCCGCCCCCCGCGCCGGCCGCGGAUGUCGCAGCCGCUUUGCGCCCUUGUCGUUCGAAACUCGGCCCAAGAUGGCGGCGGCGGCGGCCGGGAGCGGGGCUGAGGCGGCGGCGGCGGCCAGGCUGGAGGGGGCGGAGGGAGAGGAGGAGACGGCGGCGGCCGCGGCGGCGGAGGAUGGGGAGGGCGGGGAGGAAGACGGCGGCAGGACGGGCAAAGCGGGCAAAGCGACGGGCUCUGCGGCAGCAGGCGGCGGGGAGGCUGGCGAGAGCGAGGAGGACGAGGAGGAGGGGGAGGACGUGUUCGAGGUGGAGAAGAUCCUGGACGUGAAGAACGAGGGGGGGAAAACUCUCUAUAAAGUGCGGUGGAAAGGAUACACCUCUGAUGAUGAUACGUGGGAACCAGAGGCUCACUUGGAAGACUGCAAAGAAGUGCUUCUUGAAUUCAGAAAAAAGAUUGUGGAUAACAAGCCUAAAUCUGUUAAAAAAGAAAUACAGAAACCACUUCUAAAUGAUGAUAUAUUUGAAGCAGAGUCUGACAGCGACUUGCAAAGUGAAACAAAAGAUGAUGAUGUUUCACCAAAGAAGAAAAAGAAGAAGUCAAAAGAGGGAGAGGAUAAAAGUUCAGAUGACCUGAAGAAGAAAAAAUCUAAGUCUCCAAAAGCCAAGGAAAAACCCAGAACAGAAUGUGAAAAUUCCUCAGAUACUUUGGUUUUAGAUUCAAAGCCAAAAAAAAGGACUUUAGAAACUAAGGAGGAUUCAAAGGACCCAAAGAAGCAAAGGAAAGAAGAUACUAAAGAAAUCAAGAAAAAGAAGGGAGAAGAUUUAAAAAUAAAAUCUAAAGAAGAUUCUAAAGAAAAUAAAAAAUCACAGAAGUAUGGAGAUGUUCAGUUGGACUCAGAAUCAAGUCCUGUGGAUGAUUCCGUUUCUCAAGUGACUUAUAAUGAAAAUUCAAACAUAAAUUCUGAAAAUAAAGAUGAGAAACAAAAGGUAAUAAGUGGAGAAGAGAGAUUGGAACACGAAAUUGAUGAAAAAGAUGGCAUUCCUGAUAAAUAUCUUGAUGGAUCAGCAAGUAAUGAAGAUGAUGGUAUUGAUACUAGGGCUAAAAGAAAGAAGAAGAAAAUUCAGAAAGCAGAAGACUGUAGAGAAGAAGAUGGAAAAGUAGAAAUUCAGGAUAGUCAUUUAGAGAAGAAGAGCAUGCACAAAAAGCAAACAGGUCAAGAAAAAGUACCAGGAGAGUUGGAGAUAGUGUCACCUGCUCCUUCACCAGUGCAGAAGGGUGUGAAAUUGAGCGCGGAUGAAAGGGUGUGCAGGCCUAUGGAUUCCCCUGGGGAGGAAAAAGAAGUAAAGAAAACUGAAAUUAAAGAAAAAUCUCAAAAAAAGGAGCCUGAAAAAGAAAAAACCAGAAAAGAACAGAAGGUCCUAAAAAAUGGCAAGCAGCAAGUUCUGAGUUUGGGUAUGGACAUGCAGUUAGAAUGGCUGACACUAGAAGAAUUCCAGAAGCAUCUGGAUGGAGAAGAUGAGAAUCAUGUAUCAACAGAACCAAUAUCAAGUGCUCUCCUCAGAGAUGCUGUUAAAAGUGGAGAUUACAUGACGGUGAAAAUGGCGCUUUCUUCAAAUGAGGAAUAUAAUUUGGAUCAAGAGGACCCAAGUGGAAUGACCCUGGUAAUGCUUGCUGCUGCUGGAGGGCACGAUGACCUUCUGCGGGUGCUGAUCAGGAAAGGAGCUAAAGUUAAUGGUAGACAGAAAAAUGGAACAACUGCAUUGAUACAUGCAGCUGAAAAGAAUUUUCUAACAACGGUAGCUAUUCUUCUGGAAGCUGGAGCAUAUGUGAACAUGCAGCAGAGCAGUGGUGAGACUGCCUUAAUGAAGGCUUGUAAAAGAGGGAAUUCUGAUAUAGUGCGGCUCAUGAUUGAAAGCGGAGCCGACUGCAACAUCUUGUCCAAGCACCAGAACAGCGCCAUGCAUUUUGCUAAACAGUGCAACAACGUACUGGUGUAUGAGCAGCUCAGGAGCCACUUGGAAACGCUCUCAAAAGUAGCAGAAGAUACCAUCAGGAAUUAUUUUGAAACUCGCCUUGCUUUGCUGGAGCCAGUGUUCCCAAUUGCGUGUCAUCGUCUCUGCGAAGGGCCAGACUUUUCUUUGGAUUUUAACUAUAAACCUCCACAGAAUGUGCCAGAAGGAUCUGGAAUUCUUCUCUUUGUUUUCCAUGCAAAUUUCUUUGGUAAAGACAUUGUUGCUCGGCUCUGCGGACCAUGCAGUGUACAAGCUGUGGUUUUAAACGACAAAUUCCAGCUCCCUGUAUUUUUGGACAGUCACUUUAUUUAUUCCUUCAGCCCUACUGCGGGCCUUAACAAGCUUUUCAUACGGUUGGCAGAAGCUCCUACUGCUAAGGUGAAGCUGCUCAUAGGAGCUUACAGAGUGCAGCUGCAGUGACCUCUGAGCAUGCCGUGAGUGGACUGACACUUGUUUGGAUAUACUUCUGAUUCCUCUGUUCAGAGACUGACAAAGCAGUUUGGAACUUUUUGGCACCACACUGAAGACUCAGUUCCCAGCUCGCCGCUCGUUGGCAGUCGCAGGAAGUGUCUGUUGGAGAGCAGUUGAAUACGCUGCACUGGUGGGACAGGGUUGUCAGCUUUUUUUACUUUGUACAGAUGUAGAUGUAAGUAUUUGUGCCAAUACAUACAACUCUGUUUUUCUUUAA